CAAUUGGACAUUUGGCCACCCCAAAAUGCGUACAUCAGUGUCCACAAAGACAGAACAAACAGAGCUCAUAGCCGAUUGGCCUAUAUAACAACCACCGGUCUCAACGCCCCUGCAGUCUUGUCCAUUGAUCACUGUCCUGAUCAGCUCACUCUCCUAUAAUCUUCGCGUCGUUCAAUACAGCAGCCUCGUCCGAUGGCGGGCACACUGCGCGCCCUGCUUCUGGCCGUUCUCCUCGUCACCGUCGUGCCGGCGUCCGCGAAAGACUACGCGGUGGGCGACUCGUCUGGGUGGAGGACCGGGGUGGACUACACCGCCUGGGCCAAAGGCAAGACGUUCAGCGUCGGCGACACCCUCUCGUUCCAGUACAACGCGGUGCACUCGGUGGAGGAGGUGAGCGCGGCGGACUACGGCGCGUGCUCGGCGAGCAACCCGCUGCGGUCGUACAGGGACCAGAGCACCAGCAUCCCGCUCACCAAGACGGGCACCCGCUACUUCAUCUGCGGCACCACCGGCCACUGCGCCUCGGGCAUGAAGCUCACCGUCACCGUCUCCGGCGGAGGUUCCCCGGCGACGUCGGGUCCCGUCGUGCGGUCGAACACAACGCCGGCGGACGACGCGACGACUGCGGCGCCCGUGUCCUCGUCCAGGUCGAACUCGAGCACGAACGGUGCAGCCGGCAGCGGGGCCCGCCUUGCGACGGGCCUGCUGUUCGGGGCCGUGGGCCUUGCUGCCCUGAUGGGCUGAAGGUCGCCAGGGAAAAGGCAGUGCUGGGGUUUCCUGCAUUCAUGUUUCGUCUCGAUCCCUUCACGCAUUCACAUUUGUAGUGUCUAACUCCCUUCUAAGCUCUACGCCUCUACUACAGUACUUCCACCAUAGUUUGCUUGCAACAGUGUCUGGGUGUGUGUGUGUAUGUUUGCCGAGUUGCAGUUGUGAUUUUCGGCUUACUCAUCGACUGUCUCCUUAUUGUUGCUUACGGACAAUAAAGCUUCAUUCUUGACAGUGGCACUGUCGAGACACCCUCAA